AUGGAACUUUUACUCCCACACGCUUCAAACUCAUGUCCUCUCACUGUUCUCGGCUUCUUAGAACGAGCCGCCUCCGUCUUCGGAGGCUCUCCUUCCCUCCUCCACACAACCACCGUCCAUACUUGGUCUGAAACUCAUUCUCGAUGUCUCCGCAUCGCUUCAACUCUCUCUUCCUCUUCCCUCGGUAUCAACCGUGGCCAAGUUGUCUCUGUUAUUGGUCCCAACGUUCCAUCUGUUUACGAGCUUCAGUUCGCGGUUCCAAUGUCAGGCGCAGUCCUCAACAACAUCAACCCGCGUUUAGACGCUCACGCACUUUCCGUCCUUUUGCGUCACAGUGAAUCCAAGCUCAUGUUUGUUGACCAUCACUCAAGAUCUUUAGUCCUCGAAGCUGUCUCGUUCUUGCCCAAGAAUGAGAGGCCUCGCCUCAUCAUCCUCAACGACAGAAAUGACACGCCAUCAUCUACAUCGGCUGACAUGGAUUUUCUUGACACAUACGAAGGGGUGAUGGAGAGAGGAGACCCAUGUUUCAAGUGGGUUCGUCCGAAAAGCGAGUGGGUUCCAAUGGUGCUUAACUACACCUCAGGAACUACGUCGUCUCCAAAGGGAGUGGUGCAUAGCCACAGGUCAGUUUUCAUGAGCACUAUUAACUCUUUGCUAGACUGGUCUUUGCCUAACUGUCCGGUAUACCUGUGGACCCUACCGAUGUUCCACGCCAAUGGGUGGAGCUACACGUGGGCCACAGCAGCUGUGGGGGCCACAAACAUCUGUGUCACAAGAGUUGACGCACCGACUAUAUUCAACUUGAUCGACAAGUAUCAAGUGACCCACAUGUGCGCUGCACCAAUGGUUCUCAACAUGUUGACCAAUUACCCAGGCCAGAAACCGCUUCAGAGCCCAGUUAAGGUUAUGACAGCUGGAGCUCCACCACCAGCUACAGUCAUCUCCAAGGCUAAGGCACUCGGUUUCGACGUGGGUCACGGUUACGGGAUGACAGAAACCGGCGGCCUGGUUGUCUCGUGCGCAUGGAAGCCUGAGUGGGAUCGUCUAGAACCAGACGCAAGAGCAAAACUGAAAUCAAGGCAAGGAAUUAAAACUGCGGUAUUCGCGGAAGUCGAUGUUAGAGACCCAUUAUCCGGGAAGGGCGUGAAGCAUGAUGGAGCAACUGUUGGAGAGAUCGUCUUCAAAGGCGGUUCGGUCAUGCUGGGUUAUUACAAAGACCCAGAAGGCACCGCGGCAAGUAUGAGAGAAGACCGAUGGUUCUACACCGGAGACAUUGGUGUAAUGCACCCAGAUGGUUACUUGGAAGUCAAAGACAGAUCAAAGGAUGUGGUCAUUUGCGGAGGAGAGAACAUCAGCAGCAUGGAACUCGAGGCAGUUCUGUACACAAACCCCGCAAUUAAGGAAGCAGCUGUGGUGGCUAAGCCAGACAAGAUGUGGGGAGAAACUCCAUGUGCAUUUGUCAGCUUGAUAUCAUGCGGGUCUGUGACUGAAAGAGAGAUAAGGGAGUUUUGUAAAACCAAGCUGCCAAAGUAUAUGGUUCCAAGGAAUGUGGUUUUCCUGGAAGAGCUUCCAAAGACUUCUACUGGAAAGAUUCAAAAGUUUCUUCUCAGACAAAUUGCUAAGUCCUUGCCUUGA